CAAAUAAAGUUCAGCUUAUUCGAGCACAUCAAUAAUUUCUAAGAUCUGACAACUUUUCAUUUCCCUUCAGUGUAAAGUUUUUUACGCACGCAGAUUCCACAUGGAAAAAUAUAAGAUCGGAAAUAGUUAGCUACCUUGUAUUAAGUCAAUAUUUGACUGGUUUAAUAUUUCUAGGUCAAAUGUAAUUGUUCAAGUAAUUUUUGAGUAAAACGGCUUACACGGACAAUGUGGGGAAUACCGAGGACACGAUACUCUGACUGCAAUGGGUCGGAGACCAGUGGGGAGACCGAGAUUGUCCUGAACAUCGGUGGGGUAAAACAGGUGUUAUGUGGGGAUGUGCUGAACCGUUAUCCGGACACCCGACUGGCGCAACUGGUGAACAGCUCUACGGAGAGUUCGGAACACCUAUCCUCGCUUUGUGACGAAUACGACCCCGGCAAAGGUGAAUUUUAUUUCGACCGAGACCCAGGCGCGUUUAAGUGUAUUCUUGAACUGUACUACUACGGGGAGAUACACAUUAAACGGGGCAUUUGUCCCGUUUGUUUCGUAGAGGAGAUGGAGUUCUGGAACAUCGACACGUAUUUCCUGGACGAUUGCUGUAAAUGCGAACUACAGGAGGCGCAUGACGAGCUUGCAGAAAUUGCCGAGAAAGUUCAAACAAUUCUGGUCGACCGGGAAGAGGACCCCACUGCCAGGGGCUGGCAACGUUUCCAAAUGUGCCUAUGGAAGCUUAUGGAAAAGCCGGAAUCGUCGCUGCCUUCACGUGUCAUCGUAAUAAUAUCUUUCCUUUUCAUCCUCAUGUCUUCGAUUGUGAUGUGCGUGGGCACCAUCCCUGACCUGCAGGUGGAGGACAUCGAGGGCAACCGCAUGGAACACCCAAUCUUGGAAGCCAUCGAGACGGCGUGCAUUGGCUGGUUCACCGUUGAAUACGUCCUACGCUUGCUAUCGUCCCCGAAUAAAGUAAAAUUCGUCCUGUCUUUCAUGAACAUUAUAGAUUUCAUGGCCAUUAUGCCCUUUUACGUGGUGCUGACUUUGACGUCUCUGGGGACUGCAAUGAUGGAGUUGGCCAACGUGCAGCAGGCGGUUCAGGCGCUGCGCAUCAUGCGCAUUGCGCGCAUCUUCAAGCUCGCGCGCCACUCCUCCGGGCUGCAGACUCUUACCUUGGCCCUGAAGAGCAGCUUCAGCGAGUUGGGGAUGCUGCUCAUGUAUAUGGGCGUGGGCGUCUUCCUGUUCUCCGCGCUGGGCUACACCUUGGAGCGGAGCCACCCGGAGACCAUGUUCACCAGCAUUCCGCAGUCCUUCUGGUGGGCUGUCAUCACCAUGACCACCGUGGGCUAUGGAGACAUAUACCCCAAGACCACUCUGGGUCGGUGCAACGCCGCGGUCAGCUUCCUCUGUGGUGUGAUUGCCAUUGCGCUGCCCAUACACCCCAUCAUCAACAACUUCGUGAUCUUCUACAAUAAGCAGCAGGCGCUGGAGUCCGCGGCAAAGCACGAGAUCAAGCUGUUAGCGUUGCGCUCCGAGGAAUGCGCGGAGAAGAACGCAUCACGGGUGCAGCGCGGGUCGGUGGCGAACAGUGACACUCACAUUCCCUUGCUGGAAGACUCCGGAGUAGGCGUUGAACCCCAAUCAUGGGCAGAAGCUUGUGACAGCUCAAACUUUAGCCACAUCAACCCAAUUAAUUAAGUCUGGCUUUUAGUUGGCCUAUAUGCCCAAUAACAUCAACCAACCACUGCUAGCGCACAAAACCUGAAAAAGAACCCCAACAGGAAAACUAUUUUUUAAAUAUAUGUAAAUUAGUUUAGUUCUAAUAUUGUCACUUACUAAACACUUCAAGCAGAGUAUAUGAAGUGGGGGUAUAUAAUAUCUGGGUAAUACUGUUUGAAACGUGUAAAUAUAGACCAAUGUGCCAUGUAGCCUGCAAGCUGGGAUUCGUUGCAGCUUACAGGCAAGGCUACUUGACAGUCAUCUGGGAUUUUGUGAGUGCUGCAAGCACCACCUUUACAACCUUUGACUGGCAGUCACGUACCGGCCUAACCACCGGUGUAUUGACACCGUCGUCUUGUUUGGUCCGGUGGGACAACCUUGCAGAUUGAAUCACGCCACAUACGUGCAACCCUUGCACGUGGUGUAACAAGCUAAUUAAACGUGCUCGUCCGAUUUUCCUGUGCCUACAUUAAGUAACGGACUGAAAAGUGAUUUAAUCAUUGUUAAUGUAUCUUCGGUAUUGCGCGUUUUCAAUGCAUUAUAAAAAGUAAUUAGCUUAGCUAUCAGGCCUGACCUGCACCCUAUCUCAUGGUGAGGCUAUAAGAGUGAGACUUCUGUCAAUGUUCCUAGAUUUAAAAAAAAAAGUGUUACAUUUAACCUGUUUUACAUCCAUCCCCGGUCUCCCCUAUUGUUUAGUUAUUUUGUGUUUAAUGGACUAUAAUAUUUUUUUAGUGAACACAGAAAUAUAGGGUUACGUGAAGGAGGUCCAUGCAUGCUAUAGCCAGAGAAAGAGCUUGAGCAUCAUGGAAUUCUGCAUUUGUCUCUGUGAUGUACAUUAUUUACUGCUGGGAGAAUUGGCUUGCCUUAUUAUAUAGGUCACAUGU